UUCGACACCGACUCCAAUCCAGUGUAUAUUUUCCAGCGCUAGACAAGUUGAUUUUUCGUCUGUUCGUGCAUCAUCUUAAUUUUGUUAUAAUUUUUGCAAUAGUAAUAUUUUCCAGUUUCGAGAAUUUGAAAAAGCGGAAAUUAUACGACAUUUAAAGGGGCAGAAGCAAACCCGAAUCAGAGGAAGCUCGAAAUUUGGUCUCGGUCGGAAAAUAGCAGCGGAAGUGGCCGGGAUUUUUCGGAAUACGGUCGACGGAGUGUCUGCUCGAUCAUCAUCCGGGGCGUAGCGCGACAGCCGAGUGGCGAAAGCGAAAAACGGAAGAAGAAAAAGUGUUGCGAGUGAAGUUUAAUUUCCCCCAUUGGGAUUACACGCACGGGAAGUGGCAAGUCGGGGAAAUAGUGGUCGAAUUUCCUCCAAAUCCUGAAAGUGGCGAAAGUUAGGAAAGAGUUUGAAAGUUUUUCGGUUUUCCCUAAGUGACUGGAUUUUGAGUUCCUCGCGUCUUCUUGUACCACUGAUCAAUCAAUCCACAUACUACUACUACUACUACUAAUACUACGACUACCUAUCGUUCCAUCCGUGACUUGGUUAAAUUUUUCAUCGGUCCGGGAGUGAGAAUCGUCGGCGGCAGUCAUCGAGAGUGUUCUGAAGAUUGCAAAUCGUUAGACGAAGAAAAAAAAAUUGAUACAUAUAACAAAACCAAUUCCACCUUUUUCUCUAAACCAAAGUAUUGUUAGAAUUAACCGGAGGUGCUUCUGAAAGAGCGAGAGCGACGACGACGGUCCGGGGAUUUUUUCCAAAAACCGCAUUCACGCCCUGACACGACGAGACCGCGCCGCAAAUCGGCAAAUCGAGACAAGCGAUAACACCAACUUAUAACAAGUAAAACUAAAUCACACACAAAAAAAAGAGUAAAACCAACGCAAAGCAGUUUUCUCCAUCCUGAGAUCUACUCCCCCCUGGCGAGGCGAGAAGCGGAAGCAAAGUUGUGGAAAAACUCGGAAAAUUUUAGAGGAAAAAACGGGAUCAUAGGUGAUAAGGAAAUUUUACAUCUUGUAAUCUUUUGGAUGCACUUUCAUGAUAUAAUAAGAUACUAGGGAAGAACAAAAUAAAACACGAGGAAAAAUUUUUGAUAUUCGGAUUUGGAUCUCUUUCCUUGGCAACAACGCGAGAUAUAUACAAGAGAAAUAAGAAAGUCAAGAUAAAAAAAAAACAAUAUACAAUAUUUAUAGCGAAAAAACCGAGAUAAGAAAAGGAUCAAUUGCUUCCUAUUUACAAUAUAAAACCAAACUUAGCAAAUAAAUUAGCAAAAACGACAACAACAAACUUGAAAAGACGAGGACUUUAUCCCAGAAAUCACCACUCAACCCGGUCGCACUAACCCGAGACGAGCAACGUCAUCCAAAAUCGACCGUUUUCGAAUCUAUACCCGAUAGAGAGCAAGUCAGAAGCACUUCGUUACCACCCACUGAAAUUUAAAAAAAAACCCAACAUAGCGGUCAAAACGUUUCGUCAGUUUUCUUGAGGAUCCCACACGAGUCAAACUUGUAAGCCCUCCCCCCACAACGACCCUUGCACAACCGCAUUUCGAGACGACGAGAUUAAACCGAACGCGUGUACCUAUACUUGAGCAUCCAAUAACAACAACAACAACAACAAAAAGGAAAAAUUCAAGCAAACCAAGAGUCAGAUUAACGACAAUCAACACUUAGCAGCACUACAACAGCAACAACAACAACAACAACAAACAGAAACCUACACCCAAGGCAAACCAGGAGUGAAAUUUAAAACAACACUACAAAGUAAAAUACAUUACCAGAGCGCAUUUUCGCCAACUCUCUGUGUGCGUACGUCGCUAGUAGCAGCAGAAACCACCCCGCCACCUGAGAUUCGUCCGCGAAUCGAAGCUUCUCCUAUUGGUCGCUCCUAGCAACGGACGAAAGAACAUCGGGGGUCCCCGUUAUCGCGAAAGCGUGCGUUUUCCAAAAGCAAAAGCAGAUAUAAGAUUUAAAAAAAAAUCCUUUAUAUAAGAGAAGAAUUUCCACUACUUUAGCUAGAUUACAGCGAGUGCAUAGCACAAAACUCCCCUGAAACGGCAACUGAUUAAAAAAAAAGUUGAUAGUGAUUUACCACGUUGUUAGAGCAAGAGUAUCUGAUUUAGAAAGAAAAGCAACAGCUAAUCCAUCCACACAAGUAUCGUACUAGAAAACAUACAAAAGAAGGUAGACCGGAAGCAUACAAUGAUGGCGAACGGUUUGGAGACAGUACAGCAAAACGGUCGCUCCGGUUCAAUCGGCAGCGGCCAGGAAGACAGCAAGACGAACCUGAUCGUUAACUAUCUGCCACAGACGAUGACCCAGGAGGAGGUCAAGUCGCUCUUCUCCAGCAUCGGUGACGUCGAGAGCUGCAAGCUGAUUAGGGAUAAAGUUACCGGACAAAGUCUUGGUUAUGGCUUCGUCAACUAUCACCGCGCAGAGGACGCGGAUAAAGCAAUAAAUACCUUUAACGGACUAAGACUACAGAAUAAGACGAUCAAGGUGUCGUUCGCUCGGCCCAGCUCGGAUGCGAUCAAGGGCGCCAAUCUGUACGUGUCCGGUCUGUCGAAGAGCAUGACCCAGCAGGAUCUGGAGGCGCUCUUCCAGCCGUACGGCCAGAUCAUCACGUCCCGCAUCCUGUGCGACAACAUUACCGGCCUAUCGAAGGGCGUCGGCUUCAUCCGGUUCGAUCAGCGAUCGGAAGCCGAGCGGGCCAUCCAGCAGCUGAACGGUACCACACCGAAGGGCGCUUCCGAACCGAUCACCGUCAAGUUCGCCAACAACCCGAGCAAUAACAUCAACAAGGCGAUUCCACCGCUGGCCGCGUAUCUGACCCCGACGCCCAACCUGCGACGUUUCCCACCAGGGCCGAUCCAUCCGCUUAGCGGGCGUUUCAGCCUUCCCUCUAAUUUCAGCCGCUACUCACCGUUGACCGGUGACCUCGGUACUUCAGUCCUCUCGGCCAACGCCAUCAACGGUUCCGGCUGGUGCAUCUUCGUUUACAACCUGGCCCCGGAGACGGAGGAAAAUGUCCUCUGGCAGCUGUUCGGCCCGUUCGGAGCGGUCCAGAGUGUCAAGGUGAUCAAGGACCUGCAGACGAACAAGUGCAAGGGCUUCGGCUUCGUCACGAUGACCAACUACGACGAAGCCGUCGUUGCCGUCCAGUCCCUCAACGGGUACACCCUCGGCAACCGGGUACUACAGGUCAGCUUCAAGACGAACAACACCAAGUCGAAAACGAACUAAAACUGGGAAAAAUUCUAAGUUUGUAUUCUUCCCAUUAAAUAAGGUUUUUUGAAGAUGAAUCCCACGUGAUUGCAGCACACACAUGCAACCCCCGUCCUUCUCCUCCUUCUCCUUCUCCUACUAACUCCUCCCCUGUGAAGAAUACACACAAACACGGACACACAUUGUCAACUCAUUUUCCUAGGAAUUACUUCAAAAGACACCUGUUCCUUAUAUAGAACGAAAAACAAAAUAUUCAGCGUAGGACAGUAGCGUCUCCUGUGUUGUUUUCCCGAGAAUUCUGAUUUACUUUGAACGCAUGCAUUGACGGUUGAAAAUAACGCCCGAACCCAACCGAAUAUACAACACAAGAGAAGGAAAUAUCAUUCGUAAAGUUAUUAAGAUAUCAAGUGAAUCAAUGGAAUACUCUUAUAACAAAAAUUUAUUAAGGAAAAUAUACGAAGACGAAGUGAAACAACAGAAAGGUGCAAUAAUAUUUCAAAAAUAUUGUAUAUAGAAGACACAGAAACUAAUUUGAUAUUUCCUAACUAGCGAAAGAAGAAAAGAAAAUCAAGCAGAUAUCUCUUCAACUCAAGAGCCGACUUACUGAAAAGCAUAAGAAAACAAAUAGCAGAAUCAUUUAAAACUCAAAAACCGAAAAAAAAAAUGAAUUAAUUGUUAUUAGCUUUUGCCGAGGCACGUUCGGCGCGAACCGGCUGUCAAACCAAGCACCACCUGGCGGCGACUCACGGAACCUACCCCCUACUGCUGCCCAAGCGGUCCCGCGCUCUCUUAAGACGAAUUAAAAAAUUAGCGAAUUUUACGGAACGCUCAAUGUUUACUCUCUGACAAGACGAAAAAUGAAAGCAAAAAGGAACCUAAGAAAACAAAUAUAAAUGUGCAAUAAUGUAUUAGAAAUGGUACUAUCUCUAUAUUAAAUAAAUAUUAGCCAAAUUGAUGAAAGCGAAACGAACACGGGGGACCGGGCGCAGUGGGCGGUGCGUUCGCAAGGCUUGCCGCGCGACAGAAAAUUGCCGCAAUCACAGCGCAAACCGUUUCCUUGGCGAAAGCUGAAUGAUCUCGUAAUUAAAAUUGAAGCUAAUCUAAAUAAAGCAAAAAAAAACAAAAAACUAUUUAUUUAUAUACUAAUUUAUUCUUGAAUGUUUCAAUAUGACGUGAAUAUAAAACACAGCAAAGCAACCAAAAAAAAAAGAAGAAGAAGAAAACAAAUGAAAUCAUAAACAACGCGUAACUUUUAAGGAGGAAAGCGAUGAAGAUGACAAAAACAAUGGGAAGUUGUAAUAAGUUCAUUUAAUUGAUUAACCUUAUAAUUGUAAUCUCAUAUUGUAUUUAUUCAAGCAGAUAAUUUAUUUAAUCAAUAUUAUACAAACUUAACGCAAAACGGUAAACACACAAGUAAACGCUAA